AUGGAUGACAUUAAAGCUUUGAAAUCAAAUAAACAUUGUCGCAAUCAAUUCAAAACACGGUGCACCCGACUUUUGGGUCCCAAAAUGUCGAAGAAGCCCGCAGCGCAGCCCACGCUGCACAAGGUGAUCAUGGUGGGGUCCGGCGGAGUGGGCAAGUCGGCCCUCACGCUGCAGUUCAUGUACGACGAGUUCGUGGAGGACUACGAGCCGACCAAGGCUGAUAGUUAUAGGAAAAAGGUAGUGUUGGAUGGCGAGGAGGUCCAGAUAGAUAUUUUAGACACGGCAGGACAAGAGGACUACGCCGCCAUACGGGAUAAUUAUUUCCGCUCCGGCGAAGGGUUCCUCUGCGUUUUCUCCAUCACUGAGCCGGAGAGCUUCGACGCUACGCAGGAGUUCAGAGAGCAGAUCCUGCGCGUGAAGAACGACGAGAACAUCCCGUUCCUGCUGGUGGGCAACAAGUCAGACCUCGGCGAAAAGCGGCGCGUGCCGCUGGAAGCAUGCCGCGAGCGCGCCGCGCUCUGGCAGGUGCCCUACGUCGAGACCUCCGCUAAGACGCGCGACAACGUUGACAAGGUGUUCUAUGACCUGAUGCGCGAGAUCCGCUCGCGCAAGUCGGACGACAGCCGCGCCACCAACGGCGACGUCAAGAGGAAGACGCGCAGGAAAAUCAAAUGCACCAUUUUG